AUGUCGGCCGAAGAGAACUCGUUGAUGGCGAUGAGGGCACUCGAAAACGGGGCGUUCCUCUACAUCAAGAAACCCGCGACGUUGGAUAUCAUGAGGUGCCUAUGGCAGCAUGUCCUAAGGGAGAAGACGCGACUCGUAAGAGAAAGGGAAAUGUUAGCUUCGGUCAACAAGAACGCUAACAACGCUAACACUAUCGUUAGCACUAACCAUGGUUCGCGGGGCGUUAACCAUGAUCAUCAGUUCAAGGAAAUGAAUAAUAACCGGGGUUUCGAAAACCCCGAUUAUUACAACAGCAGCAAUAACAACAACAACAUGGGGAGGGUGAGUGGCCACCUUCAUCAUGUGAUGAUGAAGAACAAUAAGGGGAAGGCCAAGAAGAAGAUUAGGGGAAUAUCGAGGCACGGCUUGAUCAAUGGUCUCGAUGAAGACGAGUGCGACUCGGAUAGUUUUCAUGUUAUGGUCGAAAAUAGUAAUAAUAAUAAUAAUAGUGGUAAUGUGAAGCGGAAGAUGUGCACCGAGUGGACUCAGGAGCUCCAUGCCAAGUUUAUGGAUGCUGUUGAGCAACUCGGAGAAGGGAGAUGCUUCCCAAAAGAGAUCCUAGAGUUGAUGGAUGUUCCUGGACUGACAAGAAUGCAAGUGGCAAGUCAUCUCCAGAAAUGUCGUAACGACAACUGGCGAUCACCACUGGAGCGAAGGGCGAACCAAGCUAAUCAUGACUCGUCCCCUGAUGCUAACGGGGCCCAGCCCAAACCCAGAAGGUUCGGGUCGAAGCCCCAACUGGGCAGGACCCGCUCGGGUCCUGCCCAGGAGUCUCAUGGGACCCGGCAAGGAUCCGAAACCCAUUCGGAGGCCGAAACACCACACAGUGGUGGUGGGCAUGUGACUCCUAAUAAUAAUGAUAAUGGUUCUCCUCAGGAGCAAUACGGGUCGUCGGUGGUGGCCGGCCCGAGUAAUAUCCGGCCCGGGGCACAUUCUUCGUCAAACCCCAGGCAACACUCGACUGACGAAUUCUUUAACUUCCCAGAAAUGGAUUGCCUCAUGCAGAAUUUGUCGUCGGGUUUGCCUCAAGCACCCGCCGCGGUGGUGGAUAACCCGAGCCCGUCCCCCGGAUCCUAUCAUGUUGACCCGGCUUACAAUGAUCAGAACUCCGCUGGGCCGAGCGCGGAGACAAGGAGCAACUGGAGUUCAGAGACAUCAAACUUUGAGAGUGAUCAUUCCUAA